AUGUGCAUCUUAUUUAUAUAUACGAACCCCAGUCCGCCCCAAGGGGGCUACAGACUCGUCGUGGCGUCGAACCGAGACGAGUUCUACAAAAGACCGGCUAAGGGGGCGUUCAAAUGCGCGGACACGGACAUCAUCGGAGGUAGAGACAUGGAGCCGGGGCGCGAAGGCGGCAUGUGGCUGGGGCUGUCGCUAAAACCACCGGUGAUCAAAUUCGCCACGCUUUUAAACGUGACGGGGGAGAAAAAACCGGCCACGUUGGGUCGGGGCCCCCUCGUUUUCGACUACUUGAAGACCGACCAGACGGCUGCGGAAUACGCUAGUAACUUGCAAGGGGGUAAAUAUAGCGCUUUCAAUUUAGUCAUGAUGGAAGUGACCAAAGACGAGUCCUGUACGUACCACCACAGCAACUCCCCACAGGCCACUUAUGACUACGUCGGGCGACAAGUUUUGGCUUUCGGGAACAGCACACCAGACGCACCUUUCACGAAAGUCACAAAUGGGAAGGCGAAAUUUGAGAAAAUUAUCAAUGAGAGUACGGGGAGAGAUGAAUUGGUCGAUAAAUUAGUGGGGUUGUUGAAGUGUGAAGACUUGCAUUUACCUGAUCCUGAACUGCAGAGGAGAGCCCCUGGAGGGAUUAAUUUUUUGAGUUCGAUUUAUGUCAACAUGAAAGAUGGAGGUUAUGGCACGCGAACACACUCGGUGGUUUUGGUUGACGAUAAGUGCAACGUCGAGUUCAUUGAGCAUACCAUGAGGGAACCCAUUGAUUCCAUGGACCCCAAAUGGGACGUUACUACCAUAAAAUCGCAGUUGUAAAUCACCCACCAGACCAGAUAUGUCAAAUGUCAAAGUUGUCAUUCUAGGUGGCGCCACCGUCGGUGUAAUUUUUAUUUCGUUUCUGCAGUUUCUGUAUCGUUAUUAUUACUUGAAUUGAUUAAAAAAACACACGGUAUAUCAGAA